UGACUCGGUAACGGUAGAGAGAAAUUAGAAAAGAACGUGGGAAUGAAUGGAUUCACAGGGCGCGAAACUCUCUCUUUCUGCGAACGCAAAAACGAUCAUCACAAUGAUGAACAACAUGAUUCAACCGAAGAACAAUUCAAUUUGAUUCUCUCUGUUUCUUCCUCCACUCUCCCUGAAUUUGAUCGCGAUGGAAGCUUUGCUCGAGCUCUGCGAUUUGAUUGCACAAAACCCCUCUGCUUUCUUCGAGAAGAUUGCAUGGAUUUGCAGUCGUUGCCCUCCACCCGACGCCCUUCUCUCCGAUUCACCUCGCGUUUCACGAUCCCAACUCAAUGCUAUACUUGCCGUCGCUCGAUUUCUCUCUAAAUGCGCUGAUUCCGUCGAGCCCCGACCCAAGGCCGUCGUUCUCGAGUUUAUUCGCUCUAUACCUUCCUCCUUUAACCACUCCUUCUGGCCGCCGACUUACGGAAAUGAUUCCAUUACGUUGUUUUAUACCGAGUUUUUGGGCUAUGUGUCCAAAGCAACCGAAAUAACGCCGGAUUUUUCUGCAGAUGUCGCUGUCUAUACUGGUGAGGUUGUGGCGUCUGCUAUUAGUUCCGGUGGGGGGGAUUUGGGUAUUUCUAGGUCAUUUUUGAUGGUUUUUUCGAAACAUUUCCUUCCGAUUUUGCCUUCUGAUGCUAAUAAACUUGUUGAUAUGGUGAUUGAACGGUAUUUGAUGACGGGCUCUUGUGCACCGAGGGAACUGAUGCAGGGAAACUCUGAUUCUUCUGCAUCUCAUUCUAUUGACGGUUCAAGUCCUCGAAAUGAGGGGAGCCAUGAUUCGGGUUCAAGAGUUGGGGAUGAUAAUAUUUCGUCGUGGAAGAGUACUGCGACUUCGUAUGGCAGUGGGAUUUUGUGGAAGAGUAGUUCUGAUCAAUUGGGUCCAAUGUUUGGGCUCAAUGAUGGUGGUGGAGGUGGAGAAAUCUUGCUGAAGCAACAGGUUUCAAGCUUUGAAGAAGAGUCUUUGGAAAGUUUAGAGAAGCAAGCAAUUGCGUUCGAAUUGUUAGCCCACAUUUUGGAUAAAGCUCGAAUUGAUUCUUGGCUUUGGGAUCAGGUGAGAGCGAUAGCGAAGAAGCAGCUCCAGUCCCUUUUAAUUUUUGUGAAGAUUCGUAAGCGAGAUUGGAACGAACAAGGGUCCCUUUUAAAAGCCAGAAUAAACGCAAAACUCUUGGUUUAUAAAGCUGCAGCUAAAUUGAAACUUAAGAGCCUUGGUUCCCUUGAUUCUGAAGGAAAAGUGGCUAAGAAGUUGGUCUUCGAGACCUUUGCCUUAUUAAUGGAUGCUGCUGAAGCAUGCAUUCUCUCAAUUUGGCGAAAACUGAGAGUUUGUGAAGAACUUUUUAGCUGUUUACUUGCAGUACUAGGGAAAAUUGCUGUUGCUUGGAAAGGUCAGCCACUGCGUGUCUUGCUUAUCCGGCUUAAACCUCUUGUUUUAACAGUCUGUGCUCAGACCGAUCCCUCUGACAGCAGCCAUGGUGGAAUGUUUGAGACUGUCUCCAAGACAAUGUGUGAGAUAAUUGAAUCGUGCUGGACAAAGGAGCGAGCUCCUGUCGACACAUUCAUCAUGGGAUUGACUGCAAGCAUUCGUGGAAGGAAUGAUUAUGAAGAACAGGUAAACAGAGAGAAAGGGGUUCCUCCUCUUCAACUUAAUGGCAUACGUUUGUUAGCUAAUUUGAACGUUGCAGUGAAGAAGUCUGAAAUCGUGGAUAUGAUUUUACCACUUUUUAUUGAAAGCUUAGAAGAGGGUGAUGCGUCAUCUCCCUGUUUAUUACGACUCCAAUUUCUGGAUGCUAUAUCUCGCAUGGCAAGCUUAGGUUUUGAGAAGUCUUACAGGGAGACAGUUGUUCUGAUGACAAGAAGUUACUUGAGUAAACUUUCAAAUGCCGCAUCUCCUCCUCCUGAGGGAAGUGCACCGGCUCCAGAAGCAACUACUGAACGUCUAGAGACUCUUCCCACAGGAUUUCUUCUUAUUGCUAGUGGACUUACCAGUUCUAAAUUGCGUUCAGACUACCGCUACCGGUUACUCUCUCUUUGUUCAGAUGUAGGACUUGCUGCUGAUUCCAGAAAUGCAAGGAGUGGGGCAGAUUUUCUGGGGCCUCUACUUCCUGCUGUAGCUGAAAUCUGUUCAGAUUUUAGCCCUACGGGUGAUGUUGAACCAUCACUUUUGAAGCUGUUUCGAAACUUGUGGUUUUAUGUUGCUCUAUUUGGGUUAGCACCUCCAAUCCAAAAUUCUUCAGUUCCCUCAAAAGCAAUAUCCACCACAGUGAGCAGUGCGGGAAGUGUGGGAACGACUGCCAUUCAAGCUGUUAGCGGACCAUAUAUGUGGGAUAAGCGGUGGUCAUCUGCUGUUCAGCGUAUUUCUCAAGGGACUCCUCCACUUGUUGUUAGCACUGUUAAAUGGCUUGAAGAUGAAUUGGAACUUAAUGCUCUUCAAAACCCAGUUAGUCGUCAAGGAACUGCCAAUGAGAAAGUUGUUCUAGCCCAAAGAGCUGCACUUGCUACUGCUUUAGGAGGGAGAGUUGAUAUUUCUGCGAUGAACACAAUUUCAGGUGUGAAGGCCACAUAUCUUCUUGCUGUUUCUUUCCUUGAGAUUACACGUUUUAGCAGCAAUGGUGGGAUCCUCAAUGGUAGUAUAAAUGUGGAUGCUUCUAGAAGUGCCUUCAGUUGUGUCUUUGAAUAUCUUAAAACUCCAAAUCUUGUUCCAGCCGUCUUACAAUGUUUGACAGCACUGGUCCAUAGGGCAUAUGAAACUGCAGUAUCUUGGCUGGAACAACGGAUUUCUGAAAUCGGCAAUGAAGCUGCAGUUAGAAACUCAAUCCUUAACGCCCAUACCUGUUUUCUUAUAAAAAGCAUGUGCCAGAGGGAGGAUCAUAUUCGAGAAGUAGCUGUGACCUUACUAACACAGUUCAGAGAUAAGUUUCCUCAGGUUAUGUGGAAUUCAUCUUGUCUGGAUUCCCUUCUCUUCUCAAUGCAUAACCACUCGCCAACUACCAUUGUUAAUGAUCCUGCAUGGGUAGUGACUGUUCGUUCAUUAUACCAGAAGGUUGUUCGGGAAUGGAUUAUCAGAUCACUUUCACAUGCUCCUUGCACUAGCCAGGGUCUCUUACAGGAAAUGCUUUGUAAAGCAAACACUUGGCAGAGAGCACAACAUACCCCAGAUGUGGCCUCUCUUUUAUCUGAGAUACGAAUUGGUACAGGUAAAAAUGACUGCUGGAGUGGCAUACUACAAACAGCAAAUAUUCCUGCAGUCAUGUCUGCGGCGGCUGCUGCUUCAGGAGGGAACUUAAAUUUGACAAAAGCCUUUAAUUUGGAGGUGCUCAGUACAGGCAUAGGAAGUGCAACAGUUAAGUGCAACUAUGUGGGUGAGAUUGCUGGAAUGAGAAGGCUGUAUAACACCUUUGGUGGGUAUCAAUCUGCUGGUGCAGCACCUACUGGUUCUGGAAUUGGUAUUGGCCUUCAGAGGUUGAUAACGGGAGCAUUUCCACAGGACCCACAGGGUGAAGAUGAGUCAUUCAAUGCGAUGUUGCUCCUAAAGUUUGUCCAGUCACUCCAGAAAUUUGUUAACAACGCAGAGACAGGUGGAGAGAUUGACAAGUCACAAUUUCAUGAAACUUGUUCCCAGGCAACUGCCUUCCUUCUAGCAAAUUUGGGUACUGAUUCAAAAUCCAAUAUAGAGGGCUUGUCACAACUUCUACGCCUUCUCUGUUGGUGUCCAGCUUAUAUUUCUACGUCUAAUGCAAUGGAAACUGGUGUAUUCGUUUGGACAUGGUUAGUAUCUGCUGCACCUCAACUGGGAUGUGUGAUUCUUGCUGAACUGGUUGAUGCAUGGUUAUGGACAAUUGAUACAAAACGAGGUCUUUUUUCUUCAAGAGAAGCUUUUUCAGGACCUACUGCGAAAUUAAGACCCCAUCUUUAUCCAGGAGAUCCAGAAAUGCCACCUGAAAUUGAUCCUGUCGAACAAAUAAUUGCUCAUAGACUAUGGCUUGGAUUCUUCUUUGACCGCUUUGAGGUUGUCAGAUACCAAAGUGUUGAGCAGCUAUUGCUCUUUGGUCGUUUGUUACAGGGGAGCAUAGAGCUCCCAUGGAAAUUCUCACACCAUCCUGCAGCUACUGGUUCUUUUUUCACUUUAAUGUUUCUAGGGCUCAAAUUUUGCUCCUGCCAGUCUCAAGUCAAUUUGCAGAAUUUUAAAAGCGGGCUUCAGCUUCUAGAGGACAGGGUUUAUAGGGCAUCUUUAGGGUGGUUUGCUUUUGAACCUGAAUGGCAUGAAAUAAAUAGUACGAACUUUGCCCAGAGUGAGGCUCAAUCUGUUGCUUUGUUUGUUCAGUACCUAUCAAAUUACCUUAAAGAUGGUUCACAAAUAGAUGUAAAAGGACAAGUACGAGAGAAUGGGAACUCGGUUGACCUGAACUCCUGUCACCCAGUCUGGGGUCAGAUGGAGAAUUAUACUGUGGGCAGAGAAAAACGGAGGCAACUACUGUUGAUGCUAUGCCAGCAUGAAGCAGAUAGGCUAGAAGUUUGGGCCCAACCAGUUAACACCAAGGAAACUACAUCCUCUCGACCAAAAAUAAGCUCAGAGAAGUGGGUUGAAUAUGCUAGGACCGCCUACUCUGUAGAUCCUCGGAUUGCAUUUUCUCUAGUUUCGAGAUUUCCAGCCAACGUAACACUACGGGCUGAAGUGUCUCAACAAGUACAGUCUCACAUAUUGGAUAUCCGUUACAUACCUGAAGCAUUGCCAUAUUUUGUCUCCCCAAAGGCUGUUGAUGAAAAUUCAGUGCUUUUACAACAAUUACCUCACUGGGCUGCCUGUUCAAUCACACAAGCCAUUGAGUUCCUUGCUCCUGCAUACAAGGGGCAUCCUCGUGUUAUGGCUUACGUACUUAGGGUUUUGGAGUCAUAUCCACCAGAACGAGUAACCUUCUUCAUGCCACAGCUAGUUCAAGCUCUGCGGUAUGAUGAUGGAAAAUUAGUUGAAGGAUACUUGCUUAGAGCAGCUCAGAGAAGUGAUUUAUUUGCUCAUAUUCUUAUUUGGCAUUUACAGGGUGAGACUUGUGAGCCAGAGAUGGGGAAAGAAGCCACCUCUACAAAGAGUAAUUCGUUUCAAGCGCUAUUGCCAGUUGUUAGGCAGCAUAUUAUUGACGGUUUCUCUGAGAAAGCCCUUGAUGUGUUUCAAAGAGAGUUUGAUUUCUUUGACAAAGUUACUUCCAUCUCUGGUGUUCUCUUUCCCCUCCCCAAGGAUGAACGUCGUGCUGGUAUUCGAAGGGAAUUGGAGAAGAUUGAAAUGAAUGGUGAUGAUCUCUAUCUACCUACUGCACCUAGCAAGCUUGUAAAAGGAAUACAGGUAGAUAGUGGAAUACCCUUACAAUCCGCAGCAAAAGUUCCUAUUAUGAUUACAUUUAAUGUGGUUGAUCGUGAUGGGGACCCUAAUGAUGUAAAGCCUCAAGCUUGCAUCUUCAAGGUCGGAGACGAUUGCCGUCAAGACGUCCUUGCAUUACAAGUUAUAGCGCUUCUUAGAGAUGUAUUUGAGGCUGUUGGGCUUAAUCUCUAUUUAUUUCCCUAUGGUGUUCUCCCAACUGGCCCUGAGAGAGGUAUAAUUGAGGUGGUCCCCAAUGUCCGAAGUCGGAGUCAGAUGGGUGAAACAACUGAUGGGGGUUUGUAUGAGAUAUUUCAACAAGACUACGGGCCUGUUGGCUCCCCCAGUUUCGAAGCAGCCCGCGAAAACUUCAUUAUCAGUAGUGCAGGUUAUGCAGUAGCCAGUCUUUUACUUCAACCGAAGGAUAGACACAAUGGGAAUCUUCUUUUCGACAAUUUGGGGAGGCUUAUUCAUAUUGAUUUCGGUUUUAUACUGGAAACUUCCCCCGGUGGUAAUAUGCGUUUUGAGAGCGCACACUUCAAGCUGAGUCACGAAAUGACCCAACUACUCGAUCCUUCUGGGGUGAUGAAGAGCGAGACCUGGAACCUGUUUCUCAGCUUGUGUGUGAAGGGUUACCUAGCUGCACGUCGUUACAUGGAUGGGAUAAUCACAACCGUGGCACUGAUGUUAGACAGUGGCCUGCCCUGCUUCAGCCGAGGUGAUCCAAUCGGAAACCUCCGAAAGAGAUUUCAUCCUGAGAUGAGCGAGCGUGAGGCUGCCAACUUCAUGAUCCGUGUUUGUGUUGAUGCUUACAACAAAUGGACCACGGCUGGGUAUGACUUGAUACAAUACCUUCAGCAAGGCAUUGAGAAGUAAAAGGAAAAAAGAGAGGUUCUUUGGGCUGGCUGGCUGGACAUCAUAAGAAGGUUCGGUCUCAUCAUUAAUAGAAAACUUUCGUGUCUUGUUAGACCAAAAUUUUCAAGGAAUCUUCAAGGAAUCUUGCUUUUUUGAAUCUUUGGAGGGGACUGUAAGUAAACUGACAUUGUGCCAUGUGAAUUUACAGUGGGAUUCCCAUGGCCAUUUUAUUCGAUUUUAAUUUUUGAUUGUUUGUCUUUUUCGCCUUUUCUUGUCAUGUAUUUGAGUUUUUUAUUUUGUGUAUUAACGAAAUUCUGUAAUAAUUUUGUAAAGUAUUGCUUAAUUCGGUAUUACGAAAGAGGAGCUACAUAUCAGUUACCAUAAAGCAUUUGUU